CAUUUGUUGAAUAUUUUGUCAAUCUGUCAAUGAAGUCAAUAUACUUAACUUUAUAAAAUACAUGACUUCAUUGCCAGUCUGGCAAACGAAUUGAAGUUCAAUAUUUUGUAAAUAAGUUAGAUUUAAAAGUUCGUGUUAUCGAAUGUCUGAACGCCGGGAUUCUACAUGUCAAAAGCAUGAAUUACCAAAAUCGUUACAAGGUACAGAGGAUGCCGAGUUUGUCUGGAGCAUGAUAACUGAUAGAUUUCCAAAUGCCGCACCGCUUUUAUGCGAAAUGGAAACUGUUAUCGAUCGAGCCGAAGAUCUUCUUCAGCAAUUGCGGGCACCUUAUCGUGAAAUUGAGACAUCUACCUCUUUUUUCACACAAGAUUCAGAAGAUACAACUGUAAUGAUUUCAGCUAGAGAAUCGUUGAUUACUGAAAAUGAUACUGUAGAAGAAAGUGAUGUAAGCAAGAACGUGGCUGAAAUACAAGUUUCUGAAAGCAGUAUCGACGAAGAGAAUUUAGAUCAAAAUCAAAAUUCGAUUAUUAGGGAACAAAACACCGGAAGUCAAUUUAGUGAUUCACUCAUGAACUCUUCCAUUGCUCAGGAGUUCUCUAAUGACAAAUCUGCUUCUCUGAAUAUUACAAAUACUAACCAAUUGAUAAAAGAGGCACAUAGUUUAGAAGAGUGGGGUAAAAUAGCAGAUAAUGCUAUGGAAAAAAAUUCUGCCGAGGUACAAUCUGUUAAAGAAACAAUUAAUAUGUUUGAAAAGCGAGCCAAUUUUGAAGGAAGUAAAAUGGAAAAUCAUAAUAUAAACAAACACGAAGAUUCUUGUAUUAUUCUACAUCGCCAAGAGAUAUCUGUAGAUGUCGGUGAUUCCGUCAUGGAGAUUAAUUCUGAUCGAAAUAUGACAAGUCAAAAAUUGAUCAAUACCAAAAAUGAUACGAUGAAUGUUUUAAUUCAAGGUAGUGGUGAUGAGAGUUCAUCGAAAAUUAGUAAUCCACGAACACCAUUAAGCAUUCUAGAGAUGUAUGCAAAACGCUGUAAAAUACCGGUCGAGUAUGAGUAUACGAGCGAUUAUUCACAUAGUCAUAAAUCGAACGUCUAUAUAAUACGUGGAAAUUUCGCUGGAUUUGUUGCGACAUGUAGAGGUUUAACCGAAGAGUCAACCAAAAACGACUUGGCCUCGAAAAUUUUGCAAAUGAUUGCAAAUCAACAAAUGAAAGAUGAAAAACUCACUACACUCGCCGAUCUUGCCGAGGAAGAACUGAUAGAAAUAAUUAGCCUAGGCAUGGACGGUCUAAGAGAAACAGCUCAAAGAAAGUUAUACCAGCUUUGUCUUGAAAAAGAAAUUCCAGUUCCGAAGUAUUCUGUGGAAAAAAUAAAAACUUAUCAGGGUUUGACUUACGUCGCUACUUGUUCUGCAUUAGGCUACAUCACCGAAGGUCGCGGUGUGAGAGAAUGCGUGGCAAAGAAAGCAGCUGCUGACGAAUUAUAUCAUCAGUAUUGUGAAGGUCAGAAGGCAGGAUUGAAAGUAAGCUUCCUUAAUUCUCCAAUAUCUUAGGAACUCUCUUAGAAGUCUUUAUUUUCCUAUUCGUUCAUGGUAUCUUAGCAACGAUCCAAGGCAGCUUGCCAGUUUUCUUGAAAGA